CCUUAAUUAAUCGAGAGUCGUGUUAACGUCAGUUUACGUCAGUUGUGUGUCUGAUGAAAAAGUAGCCAGAGUCAAAAUUAAUCAGUGAAAUCGUGAAUCGCAGUAGUGUCGCACAAAUCAGAAUGGCCCCACACACUAACUCGAGCCACAAAAAAUCGUCAAGAAGGUCUAGAGGAAGUUCCAGACAACAGAGACAUGUAGCAGAAAAAAUUGUGAGGUUUCCUAAGAAGGAGCAGCCUGUUAAGAGAAAAUCUUCAACUGCUGUUAAGCAAUCCGAGAACUACGAAAGUCUGAUUCUGUAUUAUUUGGCAAAGCUGAGGAGACUGUUCGGCUCCGCGGAUCAUCCGACACCUGGGAACAGAGAGAAUAGUGCUGUAAAGAUGCGGAACGAAAACAGCGGCAAUGUCGGAAGGCAAGACGGACCACACUCUAUCAAUCCAAACAGGUACACAGCUAGGCGUUCCUCUCCCCGACCGCGUGACAAUCUUACCGAAGAGAUGAAAGAGCAGGCAUUCAGCAUCGUAAACGCGGCUAUAGAAUAUGGAUACGCCAACAACGUGAUCGGCAGAAGAACGGCAACUGCUUCUAUCUAAAAGGAAGCAAAAGCUGCAAGAACCUUCCCGUCAAUUGUUCAAUGCUUGAUAGCAGAUACGGAUGCAGGCAGUGCGCCAGUAGCAUGAACAACAACCAUGUUGAGGUGUUGAAACCACCAGCUGGUAUGCUAAACCAAAACGGAGAGUUUGUCAGGGUAACCCGGGCUAUGGCUGAUGGCAGUAAGAGGAAUAUGCCCACAAGGACAUCAUCGUGUAUAAAUCCAGUAAUUACCAAAAGUGGUAGAGUGAGCAAGGCAUGUCGCUGCAGUAGGUGCCGUUAUCAAGCUAUGCCUCCAAUUAAGGAUCAUCAUGUCACUUGAGAAGACUUCCCACACGUUUGUGAUCAUCAUGUGUGAAAUAUGUGAUUGUUUUGGGAUGAAAUAAAAUACCUAUAUGUAACCUUAU